AUGGUGGUGGACCCCAUGCAACAUAAAACGGAAACCGUAAUAGAGUCUUGGUCGAUGGUCAAAAAAGAGCAUGUAGUGAAGGAAGAGCGAUUAUCUUGGCACCUGACGGGGUCUCCAGAAGAGCACAGAUCGGUGGUUAUUGAGGCAGAGCCUGUGCCGACCCCGCCCACGCUUGCGGAUGGUGACGUGAAAGACCCUCCCGCACCCAUAUCCUGUGAUAAGCCAACCUGCUCCACGCCGGAAGUUGCAGAGAAGGUUAGCAAAACGUACACGCAUAUCCUUUCCAAUGAGUUCAAGGGAGGGGCGAACGGGAAGACUCCCAGUGAUGAAUAUAUGAUCUGCGAUUGUCGAUAUGUACCAGGCCAAAAUAUGCGACAUCAGGCCUGCGGGGAAGAGUCGAACUGUAUAAACAAGGAGCUUUUUAUAGAGUGUAUGGGAGAAACAUGCCCCGCCGGGCAAUAUUGUCAGAACCGAAGAUUCCAAAACCGACAUUACGCGCCCAUCGAAAUCUUUGAAACUGAGAAGAAGGGCUUCGGCCUUCGGGCUACGGCGCCUAUUCGCGGAGGCUCCUUCAUAAUAGAGUACUGCGGAGAAGUCAUCACUGGUGCAAUGUUUAAGAAAAGGAUCCAAGAAUAUGAUAAACAGGGGCGAAAGCAUUUUUAUUUCAUGAGCCUGAAGGCAAAUGAGUUUAUCGAUGCCUCAAAGAAAGGCAAUAUGUCUCGUUUCAUGAAUCAUAGCUGCUCCCCAAAUUGUGCGUUACAUAAAUGGGUGGUGGGAUCAAACUGGAGAAUAGGAAUCUUCGCUCUACGUGACCUUGACGUGGGUGAAGAAUUGUCAUUUGACUAUAAGUUCGAACGUUAUGGUGCAAAGGCGCAGGAAUGCUUUUGUGGCUCCGCCAAUUGCAAAGGCUACAUCGGGGGAAAGCAAGCAGAGAUUGUCAUGAAUUCCGAUGACGAAGGAGAUAGUGAUAUGGAAAACUCAGAAACAGACAAGCCACGUGCUACUCGUCGACGUAAACGAGGUGGCGAGGACAGCGACUAUGAAGGGGAGGCGGUUAGGCAGGAGGCAGAAUGUCUACAUAAUGCAGAAGAUGUUCAGGUUGUCACACGAUCCUUGUUUCGCCAUGCGGCCAAACCAAAGAGAAUUAUGCGGCUUCUUAGCAAAAUCGAGAACACGAACGCGCUUCCUUUGCAGCGGCGCUUUAUCUGGGGACAUGGGCUCUCCGUUCUCAAAAUGUGUCUUCGCGAAUACACAGGGAAAAAUGCCGCAAUUUGUUUACAGGUGUUACGUAUAUUGCGCAUGCUUCCUAUCGCAUCUAAGAAUACCGCUGAGAAAGUCGAGGAUUGUGUAGUCAAGCUAGCAGAGCUACCCGAUUUGGAGAUAUCUACGAUUGCCAAAGAGCUUGUUGAGAGUUGGUCCACAUUGCAAAGUGUCUACAAAAUCCCAAAACGAAUUCCUCCGCCCCCAGACAGCGAUGCACCAAAGGAGGCCACCGGUCAAGACUCUCCAUCUCAAAAUGGUGGAUCUAAACGCUCCUACGAUGAACCUGAUGGGGAUAGAGUUGAAUCGUAUUCGCCGCGGUCAAAGCGCUCCAGAAGUGAUGACCGCGAGGGAGAGCGUCGAUAUUCUAGUUCCGAUAGUCGGAAUCGGCAUGAUAUGUACCGACCUUCCUAUUUUGCAUCUCGGGCGUACCCACCGGAAUACGCCGACUAUGAAACACGGUCACCGUGGUCGCGUCGUGGAUCAGGAAAUAAUGAUAGCGAUUACUCUGGUCAGCGACCGUACCCUCGCUCAGCUGUUCCUUCCCAUAAUUCGUCGGUAUCUGGCAGCCCUCGAUAUGGACACGCGCCAUAUCCGGAUCACAGGACCACAUACUCCAGCGAGCAUGAGCACACCCCCAGGCGUCCGUCGCAAGCAGAUCGCCCGCUACCGCUAGGAUGGAAAGCGACACGUACGGAGGAUGGUGCCGUUUACUAUUAUAAUGUUAAUACACGGGAAGCGCAGUGGGAGUUUCCUUCCGAGUCCGGUGAACCCGCUAAUGAUGAGCGCGCGACGUUACCCUCGAUGUUACCUGGGGUAUCGGAAUCCGCAAUCAGGGCGGUUGUGGAAGAAGCCAACGCGGUGCAGUCGUCACCAGAAAAGCCGUCACCUCACAAGGAGAAACGGGUUAGCCACCCAACAUCAAGUACGUCAGAUUUUCCGAAGAAGCUCAAAGUAGAGAUCGGUAAUUUUGUCGUCAAGCAGAUGUCAAAAUACAAAAUUCCGUCCGAAAAAUUCAAGGAUUUGGCACGAGCUGUAACAAAGGCAUUAGUCGACAAAGAGCGAAGAACGCAUAGCUUGAACGACAAUAGUGAGCUUUCGGAGCAUAAGAAGAGUAAAAUCAAGAUUUAUGUGAAGGAGUACUGCAAGCGGAACGGUUACUUACCAAAGUUACAGGGGGGACCUAGCCCCGCAACGACUGGGCGUGGCAACGGCAAUGAUAAUAUACGAUCGUAA